AUGGCCCUGUGCCUCCCCACUCGUUCUGCGUCUUUUCGCCGGAACUUGGCUGCCUCCCACGCUUGGAUAGAAAUGGUGGCCUUCAGGACGACCGGUCAGCGUAAGACCGGUGCCAGAUAUUUCUCCAAGUCAUGGAAAAAUGCUCAUGACCAACAGCAACAGCAAUAUCAGGAGAACUCCGCCCCGAAGGGUUUCUUUGGUUCCCGUCUCCGCUUUGCUCUGCGAAACACCAAGGUCGAAUGGUAUCCGAUCCCCGUAGCUCUAGGGAUCGGUCUUCUCGGUCUCCUGCAAUUCUACAAAUACCAGCGGGCGGAACGGGAGCGCCUCGAGAGAGAAGCCGAAGAAGAGUCGUUUGAGUUCAGUAAACCACCUCCCCGUCACCGGAUUCGACCCAGUGGACCAUGGCAGGUUCAAAUCAUGUCCACCUUGCCGCUCAAGGCAAUUUCCCGCUUAUGGGGUCGCUUCAAUGAGCUGGAGCUCCCUUAUUAUCUUCGUGUUCCCGGGUUUAAACUUUACUCGUGGGUGUUCGGCGUCAACCUGGACGAGGUUGCCGAACCUGAUCUGCACAUAUACCCGAACUUGGCCGCCUUCUUCUAUCGCAAGCUGAAGCCCGGCGUACGUCCUCUGGACCCCGAUCCUCAUGCCGUUCUCUCCCCGUCGGAUGGCCAGAUCCUCCAGUUUGGCCUCAUCGAUCGGGGUGAGGUCGAACAGGUGAAAGGUGUCACUUAUAGUUUGGACGCCCUCCUGGGAGCCGCUACUCCGUCCCACGCCGACCACGCCAAGAAGUUUAUGGAUCAUCAGAAAGAGCCGUCUCCACGGGACGCAGCGAACAUGCUGGCAGACGAGGAGUUUGCCCGCAUGAAUGGCAUCUCCUAUACACUACCGACCCUCUUCGCCGGUGACCAAGGCGGUCCACGGAAACGGUCGGCCUCCUUGGAUGCGUCGACUACGUCCCAGGCGCUUUCGGAAGCCCAAGUGAAGGCGGACCUUGCCCGCGGCGACGGUACCCCUUGGUAUACGCCCAAGCCGACGUCGAACAAUGCGCUGUACUACGUGGUCAUCUACCUUGCGCCCGGCGAUUAUCAUCGGUUCCACUCCCCCGUGCCGUGGGUGGUGGAGAGCCGUCGGCACUUUGCGGGCGAGCUUUACUCAGUCUCCCCUUAUUUACAGCGACACCUUCCAGGCCUCUUCACCCUCAAUGAACGAGUGGUGCUGCUGGGACGCUGGCGCUGGGGAUUCUUCAGCUACACGCCGGUCGGAGCUACCAACGUGGGCUCGAUCAAGGUGAAUUUCGACUCCGAGCUGCGCACCAACAGUCUCACCACCGAUACCGCCGCCGAUAUGGCUGCUGCCCUUGCCGCCAAGCGAGGCGAGCAGUACCCGGGCUUUGUCGAGGCCACCUAUCUUCAUGCUAGCCGGACCCUCAGAGGGCACCCGCUGCAGCGGGGCGAGGAGAUGGGCGGGUUUCAGCUAGGCAGCUCCAUCGUGCUGGUGUUCGAGGCGCCGAUGGGCACGCGAAAGUCCUUUGAUGUGGGAUGGGACGAAGGAAAGAGAGAAAAGGGAUGGAACUGGAGCAUCGAAAAGGGUCAACGUAUCAAGGUUGGCGAGAAGCUAGGAUACGUGGACGUAGAAAAUUAG